UUUCUGCCUUAACUCCUCAUUGCUGAACAACCAUGAGCUCCCAAAUUCGUCAGAAUUAUUCCACCGAGGUGGAGGCUGCCGUCAAUCGCCUGGCCACCCUGCACCUGCGGGCCUCCUACACCUACCUCUCUCUGGGCUACUAUUUCGACCGCGACGAUGUGGCUCUGGAGGGUGUGGGCCACUUCUUCCGCGAGUUGGCGGAGAAGAAGCACGAGGGCACGGAGCAUUUCUUAAAGUUGCAAAACAAGCGAGGCGGCCACAUUCUCUUCCAGGAUGUGUAGAA